UCUGCAUCAUGUCUAUCAAUGUGAUUGGAUUGCACACAUCUCAUCGCAAGUUAUGUGAAACAAAUCAUCCUUCCAUUGAUGUCAGUGUGUUUCUAUCUCCUGUGUUUUUCUCUCAUCAUGUGUUCGAACUUCUGCUCAAUAUUCCUAGGCGGACCGAUUAGUUUAAGCAAUGGCGGAGAAAAUAGUGGAGAAAUCUGGCAUUUUGGAGAGGAAGGCUAUUAUAAAGAAUGCCGACAUGACUGAAGAUAUGCAGCAGGAUGCCAUUGAGUGUGCAACUGCGGCUCUCGACAAGUACAAUGUGGAAAAAGACAUAGCAGCCUACAUCAAGAAGGAGUUCGACAAGAAGUAUAAUCCAACGUGGCACUGCGUUGUUGGACGCAAUUUCGGUUCAUAUGUCACCCACGAAACGAGGCAUUUUGUUUAUUUCUAUCUAGGCCAGGUGGCUGUGCUCCUUUUCAAGUCUGGUUAGAAACCUGCUUCAUACACCAUGAAAUUAGGGUUUCGAUUUGAAAAGCCCUAAAUCCUCGGGAGGCAAGUUCAAACUUUAAUUGGGGCUUUCAUAGGAGUAUUGCAACACGUAGCGAUGACAAAGAUCUGCAAUCUUUCUCCUUCUCCUACAUUCUGUGUCCCCUUAAAUGAACCAAAAAGCUACGUACUGUCGCUUGUUACAUUAUCUGCAAACUGAAGUUGGCAGCAAGGUACAGCUACAAUUAUUGAUGUGCAGAAAGCUUUUAUAGAUGCUUUUGACACGAUCACUGUGGGUCGUUUCGCCUUAGAUGUAUGCACUCAGAUGAUAGUAACCUCCAUCUCCCUGUUCAAGAUAGUAGCUCUUAUAUCUUUCAUUAAGCAACGGGAUUUGCUUUCUUCAGCAAUCGAAGUGGGUGCAGCUCUGGUGCCUCGUGCAUCAUCGAACGCUAAUUGAUACCACUGCAUCAACUACUGAACGUAAGAAACCACGCCAGCCUCGUACAGUUUGCUCACCCUAUUGGAGAUGUUUCAUUUGUUCCAUGAAGGAAAAAGUUGACGUCUUCUCACACGCAGGCUGGACAUACUCCGCCAGUGGUCACAGAGAUGUAAAGAUAUAGAUUGAGACUAGAGCAGCAUAAAAUGGCAAGACCCAGUAAAAUUUGAUGAUAAUCAGGUGUUACAAGUUUUUGUUGA